AUGACCACGUCAAGAGUUGUGUUGGUGACGGCAGCGUCGGGCCACAUCGGCGAAAGUCUCGUGCCACUCCUUGCAACAGAUCCGACGAUAAAACUCAUUCUUCCGACGAGUGACGCGUCCCGCCUGCGUUCCAAAUUUGCGAACCAGCAGCAAUGGCAUCAGGGGAACGUGGUCAUCGAGGAGGGUUCUGUCAAGAACCCGUCUUGGUUUCAAGAACUGCUUACAGCUCACAGAGUUGACACUGUCUUCCUCAACCUCACCGGUGAAGACGAAUUGUUCACUACUAUGAACUGCCUCGACUGUAUGUCUCGAUCGAGUUCAGUCAAGAAACUGAUAUAUGUCUCUGCCUGCAUGGAUUUUGAUUCGACUGAGGGCAUCAGACAUUAUCUGGGCCAUUGUUCGGCCGCACACGUCCUGGUGAAGGCACUGGUUGAACAAAAACUGAUCCACGGCAACCUGGCGUUCGAAUGGACAGUCUUGCGACCUACCUUGUUCUUCAUCAAUGACUUGAGGUCGAAAGAGAGUAUGAUCGAAAGAGCCAUCUUCGACGAACCGCUUGGCGAAGCGGGAGUCAGUCGCGUAGCACCGUGGGAUAUCGCACUUGCAGCCACGAACCUCGUCUCUGACAGGACCCAGAAGUGGAACAACAAGCAGAUUGCGAUCGGUUCAAGAAAGGCGUAUAGAGGUUCGGAGAUCACCAAGAUCUGGUCCAGUGCAUUGGGGAAGCAAAUAACUAUGCCUGCCGCAGACGAGGAGGGCCUGCAACGUUAUGAAGAAGAAUUUGGCGCACGAAUAGGUGACAAGGCUGGAGUUGCUUGGGGGAGAGACCUGAGGCUGAUGUAUGAGACCUUUGCAACUCAGGGCUUCGGCAUGACGGAAGAAGCAUAUCGCCAGCAGUUGGAACUGCUGGGGCAGGAACCUGCCAAACACCAGCAUAAGAGGCGUGCUUGUUCCACAACACAGGCCGCGGUGGCCGCAGCGUAUGCAGUAGAAAAAAUAGACGCGGUGCAGACGAGCCAGGUGGUUCAGACAACUGCAACAUAUGCUGCUCAAACCACUGUACGGACUACUGUGAAAACCAGUGUCAGGACCAGUGCAGCCCAGACCAGUGCAGUCCAGACCAGUGCAGUCCAAGUCACUGCGACAUAUGCUGUUCAGACCAGUCAAACCACGGAAUCUGCUUCAGCCACUUCUGCAGCAUCCACAGACAAUACACCCGCGAGAGCGAUAUGGCUUUGGUCGUCGGACUUACUCCAGGAUGACACCAAGGUCACCGAGUUCUUGUCUUUCGCCGAGUCUAAUGAGAUUAACUCGGUCUAUACGCUCAUCGACCGCGAUAUGGGCGACGAGGUUUUCGUGAGCUUCAUCGCGCAAUGCAAUGCAAGCGGGAUUGCCGUCGAAGCAUUGAUGGGCAACGCGCAAUGGAUUACUGGAGGGGGCGACCCAACCUUGGAAUCACAGCUGAACUGGCUGGAGCAGUACCAAGGAAACGCAUCCGCUGAAUCACAGUUCUCUGCAAUCCACAUGGAUGUGGAACCCUGGGGUCUCGAUGGCUGGACAACAAACACCGAGACCUACACUUCAGCUCUUCAGUCUAUUGUGACGCAGGUCAAGACCCUGGGUGAAGCCCUGGGCCUGCCAGUCGUUGCAGACUUGCCUUACUGGGCAUACACCAUCGAGUGCCCAACCACUGGCCAAACCCUCGACAGCUGGAUGCUCAACAACCUAGACUCUGCUGUUUUCAUGACAUACCGCAACACAGCUGCUGAGCUGCUGGAUAUUGCGACCAAGGCCCUCGAGGCAGGCAACACAGCGGGCAAGCCCGUUUGGCUGGCUGUCGAGACGGUUGACGCAGCCGACUCGCUUCUGAUCAGCUACUACAGCAAGACGAAGUCUGCUCUGUUUGAGGAUCUUGUUUCUAUCAAGACAACUGCUUCAAGCCACAGCAGUUUUGCAGGCAUUGCUAUUCACGAUUACGAUGGAGUGGUAGCACUGGGUUCAUGA